UGUCUUGAUUCGUGCCAUCCUGUUGGUGCGGGAAAUACAUUCGUAUGCCCGAUUUGCUUGCCUCGCCCCCUUCUGUCGAUCGUGAAGAUCUAUCGGCAGAUGAUGUGGUUUUGGACGUGGGGUGCGGGGACGGGCGCGUGCUGGUGACCAUGGCGAAGGUUCUCGGGUGUCGAGGGAUAGGCAUCGACGUCUCGCAGCAUCGACCGCGCUAACCGGCUGACCAAUCAGUCAGUCUCAAUGCGGCAGAAAUCAGAUAAUGCUUCAAAAAGGCAUGAUCUGGAACCCGUGAGGGAGCGUCAUGGGGGAGGUGUGUGCAUGUGUGUGCGUGUUGUUUGUAUGCCACUUGGGUGCGCCCUUUUUCUGAACUGCAUGUCACCCUGGUAGACUUGUUUUAGGGGCUCUCGUUUUCCAGAGGGGGCUCCGUACGCUAUCGGAAACCACCCGAAUACGGCCAGGUGGAAUGACUUCGAGAGACCGAAACCAGGAAACGCUCUAAACCGUUGGGAGCGGCAAACUACACCAUGGUCGUGAGAACUCUUUCG